AUGUCGGUCCUUUUCACAAGUAUUUCAGCGUUUACUGAUGAGUCUCCCCGUAGGAAUAACCCGGUCAAGCCAGGGGAUGCCGAGGCAGUCAUCGAGCCCCUUGGGCUAAGGAUAGACCCUGCGGAGUCAAGCGACUUCCACACACUUCUAGCAGCAAUCCAUGACUGCGCAGAGGGUGUGGCCGCCCUUCCAGACUAUCAACCAGCACCCGAUCAAACCAAGUAUCCCCGUGAAAAUGUGCGCCGUCCCAGCAAAGAGGAGCAAGUGUUUGGACAAGCUUGGGCACACAAGUUUCUCAUCCGAGGAAAUCAAAGAGGGGGCGUCCUCGCCGGAAAGUCCGUCAGUCUUAAAGAUGUGAUCGCGGUAGCAGGUGUGCCACAGCUAUUGGGCAGCGAUAUUAUUCCGUCUUGGACACCGAGUACAGAUGCGACGGUGGUGACACGGCUGUUAGAAGCUGGAGCCGACAUUCAUGGGACAUCGACUUGCGAAAAUUACUGUCAUUCAACUUCAUCAUAUACCAGUGCCCAGGGUACAGUGGAAAACCCCCAUGCUACUGGAUAUUCUGCGGGCGGAAGUACCUCAGGCGGCGCAGCUCUAGUUUCGGCGGGCCUGGUAGAUAUCACCAUCGGAGGCGACCAGGGUGGAAGUAUUCGGGUUCCGGCGUCUCUAUGUGGAUGUGUCGGCCUCAAGCCAACCUAUGGCCGGGUACCCUUCACGGGCAUCAGCAGCGGCGAUGCUGUAAACGACCAUGCAGGGCCACUAGCCAGGAGUACAUUUGAGAUCGCAGCCUGUCUCGAUGUAAUCAGUGGCUAUGAUGGCAUCGAUGAUCGCUCACUGGGAAGCGCCAAGCCGGGCUCGACUAGUUUUGCAUUAAAUCUCAGCCAAAGCUCCCGAAGACUUGAAGGUGUUAAGAUUGGUUUAUUGAAGGAGGGAUUUGAGCAUAACGCUGUUAGCUCCAGUGUCAGGCAUGCGGUUUUGACGGCAGCCAAGAAAUUCGAAGACCUCGGCGCAACAAUAGAGGAAGUGUCGCUUCCAGAUCAUCUUCAUGGGCCAGCCAUCUGGACCAUUCAGCAACGAAUUGCCGGUGCACAGACUCUGUUGGGACAAAACACUGGGCGAAGAGGUCUCUACAUGAGCGAGAUGGAACGUGCGAGACUCCCUUGGACCAACGAAGGGUUUCAACGAGCUUUCCCCUCGACGAAGAACGUUAUCAUCAACGGUCUCUAUCUGAUGUCCCGCUUCCCAGAUCUAUAUGGAAAGACGGUUAAUAUUGGACGCCAGUUGAGUGAUAAGUACCAGACACUCUUUGAGAAAUACGAUGUGCUGGUGAUGCCAACCACCCCUGUUGUCGCCCCUAAGAACGGGAAACGGGGUCUCCCCUUGGAGUCACUUAAACCGAGCAUGGGGUUGACAAUCAACACUGCUGUCUUCAAUGUGACUGGCCAUCCGGCGAUAUCCAUCCCAAUUGGAUUUGCUCCGGCGAAAGAGGACGAGGGGGUCAUGCUUCCCGUCGGUAUGCAAGUCGUUGGAGGCCUGUGGCAAGAAGAGAAGAUCUUGAGGGCAGCGCAUGCAUGGGAGAGCCACUUUGAUUGGAAGAAAAUGCACUGUUCUACUGAACUGAAUUGA